ACUAAAAAGUCUAUAUAUUACAUCUGCAAGUUUCUGUAUCGACUCCGGCAGAACAUUUGGGUUCAUAGUUUUAAUAGUUACUGGUUAAUGAAUGACAUUCUUGAAGUUCUUGAUCUAUGGGAUUUAUUGAACUCUUGCAGUUAUCAUUUCGCCCUGAAUCUUAUUCCCCGACUCAGUAACCCUCACUCCCCCUGGAAAUGCAUAAGUGAAUCUUGUGUCGGUUAUGGAAGAUGACGUGAAAAUCAUCAGCAUUGCGGAGCUCAUCCGACUCUCUCGUCCAAUUUCCGGCGCUUCAUCCCUAUCAUGCAACAGUUCAAUCAAUCCAAUUAUUCCCAGGCAUUCGGGUACCACGGGCCUCCCCGCUGCUUCUCAAAACCCUAAAGAUCGAAUCCUCCAUCCCUUGGACCACCCGGCUAUCAUAGUCGGAACCCUAUCUCUGCCUACCUUCAACAGCUUGUCCACUACCAGAGUUGUUUCCCGCUGUCUGAGUACAAAUUGCUUAUCUUUCUCCGAUGAUUCAUUUACAGUUUGUUGCGAUGUUCUUGAUCUAGACAUCCGAAUCAUUGGGAGGAAGAUUCACGUAGUUGCUUGGAAUUUCAUUCCUCUCAAAUGUGGAGGUGGGUUUUUGGAAAUUAUAUGCUGGAGAAAUCCUACAAUUUCCCAUGGACAGUCCCUCUUCUGUUCUGACCCAAUCCCUUUGGUCCCAGGUUGUUCUGUUUCCGGUAAAGAUAGUUUGAAGAGUGGUACUUUUGUUUGGGGUAUGAUAGAAUCUGUUAGCCCUGUUUCAGUUGUUUCAUGUACAACUGGAUCUAAUACUAAUUCUGAUGAGAAGGGUAAUAUAUCUGGAUUCCUCCUUCAACUUUUGAUAUGUGAAUGUACAUUAUGUUGUUUAAGAGAUUACACAAAAGCUUUGUCAGUCCUAACCGACAAGUGGAGUGAUCAUUAUUUUAACAAACCAGUAAUUGUCUACUUCUGUGGUCCUGCUUCAUCUUGGCAUCCAGUAAUUACCAGGUUGCUAGGAUAUACCCUGGUACUAUCUGGGAUGAAGAAGAAAUUAGUUUUUAUAGAGAAGGAAGAGUCUAAGUUAAUGUAUGUGACCACAGAGAAGGCUUUCUUCUGUAUUUCCAAGUGGCCACAUGGGAAAAAUUCACUUGGAAAGGUUGUGCAGGGUAAAGGUGAAUGUGGUAUGUAUACUGGCAGUGUGACAGGGAUUUACAUGCAUGGUAUGGUUGUUGAGUUAGACAAGGAUGUGCUUUUACUAAUUUGCACAAAUCAGCUCCCCCAACUGCCGCACAGCCUGAGGGUUGGCUCAGUUGUGUCAGUAAAAAAUGCUCAUUUUGUGAAUCCAAAGUUUGUUUGGGCAAAAAUAUUGGUACUUGGAGCUUGUGUUAAAACCAGCAUUUGUUUGAAAUCCUUCUCCCCAUUGGAGACUGGCUGUUACAAAUACACACGAUCUCAAAGCCUCUUGGGAAAAUUCAUAGACUCCUUAAAGCUUUCUGCAAGGCUGUGGGUAUUACUGCUUGUUUCAAGUUUCAGGAAGAAGUUCUCUGGGAUUUUGUCUGAGAAGGUGGUCCUGGGAACACAACAUAAGCAAGGUUGGGUCCAGUCAUAUGCAUGUUCCUGUUUGCCUUCAUUAGUGUCUCGGUCUCAGCAAGGGGUAUUUAUAGAAUUCUGUAAACAUGAUUCUUGUUGCUGUGGCGAUGACACAAAUUAUGGUAACCUAAAACUGGUGGUACCGAUUUCUGACUUUGUUGGCUUUUGUGAGGCCACAUGGGUGCACCAUCUAUCAAAUUGGAAAGUCGACUAUGGAUUUAUGCUGGGCACGGAUAUUAUUAUUCCGCCUAAUGAAAGGAUAUAUCAUCAGUCGAUAAGGAGGGUUUUGCAAAGUGAGCAUAUUGAUGUUGUCUUGCUUGGAAUGCUACAGAUUUCUCCUUCUGGAAGAUUACAAUUGAUGGAUGCAACUGGAAGCCUUGAUGUUAGCAUUCCAGAUCUGUCACCAACUUGGAGCACCCAUGGUAUACAUGAGGUAAAUGACUUCAUAAUUGUGAUUGAAGGCUUACAUGAAAAAGUUGAUGAUUCAGUGUCAAACCUUAGUGAAUCCUUCUUUUAUAGAAGUAUAUUUUGUAAUGCUCCAUUGACUAGAGCGUUUGAGCUGACAAUUCAUCUAAUCUACCAUCUUAGAAACAAUAAGCUUAUAAAUGACCUUUUCCAUGAGCGUGCGAGUGAUAAAAGAAAAUAUGAUGAACUUGAAGGCGGAAGAUUUCACCUGCUGCGUGUCACUCAUAAGUUUCCUUUGCAACAGAAGCUUCGGGCUCCUGCCACCUCAAAGAGGUCAACAAUGUUUGCAGAAGCAAAGAUCUUGUGCUGGGAUCUGGUUCUCUCUGAGCAGAAUGGGGAUUCACGUUUAUCUAAUAAGUCCAUGGAACAUGUGAAACAAAGUUUUCAGGAAUAUCCAAGUCACAAGAGACACAAAAUUGAGUCUUCUGGUGCAUAUAGUUCCCUUAAGAUGAAGGGAUGUUGUAAUUCACAUCCUUCAAUUCAAGUUCCAUGUAUUGUUGAUAAAAAGAUUAAUGGUCAGUAUCUGGAUAGUCCAGGUGUUCUGUACUACAAGAAAACUAAAGAAGCAGUUGGUUCUGCUUAUAAACCAGCUAUGCCAAAGGUUUUAAUGGAGUUUGGACCUGAAAGCUUUUGCAAGCUGGAGUCACUGACGAUUGGAGGGUAUUACCUCAUAAAGCAUAAUGAAGGAGACAAGUUUUGUUCCAUCAAGGACAUUGAUAUCAUCGAGAACCAUAAGAUUGUUUUCAGUUCUACAAUGCACAUUUGGAGCCUUGCCUUUUCCUAUGAUGACGUUGCACAUCCAAAGACAAACCCAGACAUCUGCAUAAAGUUUUCUAGUCAUGCUUGGAAAUUGUUGAAGAUGAAGUAUGACUUUUUGGAGGAUCUGGUUACAUCACUGUCGCCAGAAAAUGUUGUUGACGAUAUCAAGACUUCAACAAAAAUAACUUUUGGAAAUUAUGAUGGUGGGAGUCAUUUUCCCAAGGGAAAGUUGAUAUCUUUACAUGGAUAUGUUUUGGCUGUUUAUAAUUUAAUUUCUGAUAGUUUUGGCUAUGAAAUUCCAUUGAAUUUCCAUAUGCCAAUUUACUCCGAGGCAACUACAAGUCCUUGCAUCCAUGUUUUAGUGAGAGACCGCAUUGUCAGGAUCUUUGGUUCCCUCAGUAAAAUUGUUUAUCCAGUAGGAUUUGGAGUUGGUGUUGAGGCAACCUUUCAUCGAAUACUAGUGUUGAGUUGUGGAAGUGCAUAUAUGAUGCUUCCUGCCUCAUGUAUUGCCAUACAAUCUAUCAGUUGUCAAUUCAAAUACCAUUGUACCAAUCAAUCAGUUUCUUCAGGCACAUGUAGCAUUGAAUUUCAGGACUAUGUUCCUUCAGCUUUUGUUUCUGAAAUACUGCAGCAUAGUGGCCAUAACCCUUUGCAGUUUCGUUGCAGGGUUGUGGCCCUAUACUUCCUCCUGCUGGAGAACAAAAAUAUUUGUUACCCAGAUUCCAGGAUGCAUUCCAGAUCAUCAUCAGUUCAUAUCCCCUUAGCUGGUUUCAUACUGGAUGAUGGGUCAUCCUCUUUUUGUUGCUGGACAAGUUAUGAUAAAGCAGCAAUCUUAUUGAGGCUGCAGGAAAAUGCAUUAUUACAUGGGUCCUGCAGCUCAUCAAUAAGUCAUCUUAAUAAACUUGUGAAGAAGUAUGGAAAAAUUGUUGUGGGAAACCAUGGAUCUUUAUUUGACUCGGCAUGCCAAGAACUGAAUUGCUCUGUCGGUUCAGGAGGAGUUGCAAUUAGCAGUUCAGAUGAGAAGCUCCUGAAGCUUUUGAUAUUCAAUGCAUGCUUCGGCGGUGCGUCUUGGGUUGUUGUGGGUUGUCCUAUGGAGCCAAAUUGUGUAGCACAAGUAGAGAAACAGUUGGGUGAGAUGGAGAUGGUGCUGCAUCAUCCUUUGCAAAAUAUUUGGGCUAUAGAAAUUCAUCAAAUGAUGAUGAACCCUACUACUAGUGUUCUCAGUGAAGCAAGAAACAUGGUGGAGGAGGAACUUGUUGUUAACAACUGAUACUGUGCAAUAUAUAUAUUUAUCUUCACCGGUUGUUAAUAAUAGUUUAUCUUCAACAAUCUUCCAUUGGUUUGGGGUUGUGGAAAAGAAAUUUCAGUGAUAGAUAUAUUAUUUAUCUUUUUUUUUGAAAAUAUAUUAUAUAUCUUCUUGAUGCUUGCA